CACAAGGGGUGGGGCUUUUCAGUCCUCGAGGCGUCGGUGGUCGGCUGUCUUCUGUUUUCUGUUGCUCGGCAGCCGUUGUGCGCGUGCGCGGACAUGGCUUCCAACGAGUACACUCAGCCAGCCACACAAAGUUAUGGGGCUUACCCUACCCAGCCUGGACAAGGGUAUUCCCAACAGAGCAGUCAGCCCUAUGGCCAACAGAGUUAUAGUGGUUAUGGCCAGUCAGCUGAUACCUCAGGUUAUGGUCAGAGCAGCUAUGGCUCCUCCUAUGGACAAACCCAGAACACAGGCUAUGGUACCCAAUCAGCUCCCCAAGGAUAUGGUUCAGCCAGUGGCUAUGGCAGUAGCCAGAGUUCCCAACCUUCUUACGGUCAGCAGUCAUCCUAUCCUGGCUACAGCCAACAGCCAGCUCCUAGCAGCAGUUCAGGAAGCUAUGGUAGCAGUUCCCAGAGCAGUAGCUAUGGACAGCCCCAGAGUGGGGGCUAUGGUCAGCAGUCUGGUUAUGGUGGACAACAAAGUUCCUAUGGACAGCAGCAAAGCUCCUACAAUCCCCCUCAAGGAUAUGGCCAGCAGAACCAGUAUAACAGCAGCAGUGGGGGCGGUGGAGGGGGUGGUGGAGGUAGCUACGGCCAAGAUCAAUCAUCUAUGAGUGGUGGAAGUGGUGGCUAUGGCAACCAGGACCAGAGUGGCGGUGGUAGCAGCAGCAGCUAUGGGGGUGGCCAGCAGGACCGUGGGGGAAGAGGACGGGGUGGCGGAGGCGGCAGCGGCAGUGGUGGUGGCUACAACCGUAGCAGUGGUGGCUAUGAGCCCAGAGGUCGUGGAGGUGGCCGUGGAGGCAGAGGUGGCAUGGGCGGAAGUGACCGUGGUGGCUUCAAUAAAUUUGGUGGGCCCAGGGACCAAGGAUCACGCCAUGAUUCUGCAGAACAGGAUAAUUCUGAUAAUAACACCAUCUUCGUCCAAGGCUUGGGGGAGAAUGUUACCAUUGAGUCUGUGGCAGAUUACUUCAAGCAAAUUGGCAUUAUUAAGACCAAUAAGAAGACUGGGCAGCCUAUGAUCAACUUGUAUACAGACAGGGAGACAGGAAAGCUGAAAGGAGAAGCUACAGUAUCAUUUGAUGAUCCCCCCUCUGCCAAGGCAGCCAUUGAUUGGUUUGAUGGCAAAGAAUUUUCUGGAAACCCGAUUAAAGUCUCUUUUGCUACACGAAGAGCAGACUUCAACAGAGGAGGUGGCAAUGGCCGUGGUGGCCGUGGGCGUGGAGGACCCAUGGGCCGUGGAGGCUUUGGAGGUGGUGGCAGUGGUGGUGGCAGCCGAGGAGGAUUUCCUAGUGGAGGAGGUGGUGGUGGAGGGCAGCAGCGAGCUGGAGAUUGGAAGUGUCCUAAUCCCACUUGUGAGAAUAUGAACUUUUCUUGGAGAAAUGAGUGUAACCAGUGUAAGGCACCUAAACCUGAUGGACCUGGAGGGGGACCUGGAGGCUCUCAUAUGGGGGGUAAUUUUGGAGAUGAUCGGAGAGGUGGCAGAGGUGGCUAUGACCGUGGAGGGUACCGAGGCAGAGGCGGGGACCGUGGGGGAUUCCGAGGGGGCCGGGGUGGAGGGGACAGAGGUGGCUUUGGACCUGGCAAGAUGGACUCAAGGGGUGAACACAGACAAGACAGACGGGAGAGGCCGUAUUAGCCUGAUUCAGGCAUCUCUGGACCAUCUUUCCUUCCAGAUCCUACUGUUGAUCCCUUUAUUUUGUAACCUAUCCAUGCAGCUCCCUAUCCUUGUUUUGUGUCGGACUUUGUAAUUGUAACCAUGUCCCCUGCUCCCAUUAAAUGCCAUUGUUUUAGUUAUCAAGUUCUUGUUCCUCUCCUGGAAGAGAGGAGUAGGGAUACUCCUAUCCAUUUCUUCCCCAUCUCUUAGCUACCUAUUUGAGCUAGGUAAGUAUCUGAGGCAGAAAAUCAUAGAUUGGACUACCAUUUAAGAGGAAAAUGUGACUAAUCAAAACCCCAUUUUUCAACAUUUGUAAUUCCUCAUUAGCAUUUGCUUAGACCCUAUUAUCUUUCUGUCUCUUAAUUUCAGACCUCUAAAGGCUUUUUAUAAAGCUGCUAAGUUAGGGUUUUGUGUGCAUAUUAGGAUAACAAGCUCUUAAAUUGGGACAAAAUGACUUUUAGACCAUUUGGUCAGGACUGGGCAUUUCUUAUAACUGAGAUGCAUAACUUUACAUUACAUGAUGGGGGCAAGAGAUACCCAGGAAAGAGUUGGAGAGUACUUAAUUAGAUUUGAAUAAUUUGUAUAUUGUUUCCUCUAUAGGCCUUUUCUGCUUUUUUGAUGGGGUGUUUUUUUUUUUUUUGAGCAUUAGGUAAGGCAGGAGAAAAACUUUACUUGGCUCUUCAUGUUCCAGGGCAGGGGAGGGCUAUGGUAUCUGGGAUGGGCAUGAAAAAUGGUCUCUUCCUCUACCCUGGACUCUUGGUAUAUGUAUAUUUUUUGGACAGAAAAAGUUGUCCUUACAAGAACAGUUUGUCUUAUACUUCCUGAUUUUUCACUGUCCCUGAUUCUUGACUGUUGGAGCAUUCUAUUUCAGGAGAGCUUAGAAAAAGGCACAAUUGAGGACUAGGAAUAGACAUGGUUGUCAUUUACUGUCACUUAUACCUGAACUUGAAAUAGUUUCUUUAAAUGAAAUUAUUACCAUUUUUACUGUCAUGGUUAUACAAUAGAGAAAUGUUCCUCUUUAGCAAGCAAUAAUUGGACUCUUUGGGAAUGAAGAAAGGGUUUCAUAAUUGAAAAAUUGUCGAAUCAUUUUAAUUUGGAAAUGACAGUGAAGGUUCAUAUAAUUAGGACUAUUGGAAAGGUAAGAAGUAAAUAUUAUCUGUAGAGCUAAAGUCAAUGCAAAGAUUUUAAAAGUAUGUACUCUUAAAUUGCCAUUGGGGAAGGAAGAGAAUGAAAAUCAGGGUAUCUGGCUUUCCCUCCUAGCUUUUAUCAAAUUUAGAUCCCAGUCCCAUUUGUGAUAACCAUUGUGAUAUUGAAGAUGAACCAGAGAAUUUGGAGGACUUAGAAGUACUUGAAUAAAAAUGAAACUAUUCCUGGUAGGCGUAUACCUUAAAGCAAAAUGAGUUAACUGAAGGAAGACCACCUGGGAGUCAAUUGAGAGCCAAAUCCUUCCAAUCUAUAGGAGUGAUGUAGGGAUUCAGUUUGUACUGUGGGGUUAGAAGCUAGGCUCUAAAUUCCUAUCAAUUGUGCUUUGAGACCAGUUAGCAAUAUGCUCUGUGGCAGCCUUAAUUAACAGUCUUACCAUUUUUGGAUAACUUAACAAAGAGGAACACAAUUGUUAAUGUACCUAACUCUGGAAGUUCUGUGUAGUUGGGGCUAUGUCUUCCUCUAAUUUGGUGGCUCACAUUGUUACAAUCAAUUUACCAGUGCUUUUUUCUAAUCCCAGAAGACAGGAAAAGUAAUGCUGGCUCAUUUAGAGAAACAAACAUAUUGUCUUGAAGAUUGUUAGAUCCUCAAAAAAUAAGUUUCUGCUUAUCCCAGUAUUCUACAAUGUGAAAAGUACUGGUUUAUAUUCCCUGGGGUCAAAUAAAUACAUGAGUGUACUGCAGGCUAAAAAUUAACCAGUCCUUAAAAGUAAUACUGCUGUGUUUCAAGUUUUAUUAAUUUAUCCUAUGGUAUGCCUCUGCUUGUCAGGGACCUUCCUAAAACUGCAGGUAAUUUUCCAGGUGGAGUCAGAAGGGAAAUUGGUAAAUUCUUGCCUACCUUGAUAUUAAUGCAACCUUUUUUUUUUUUUUUUUUCAAAUUGUCAAUUAAAAAAAUGUUUCCCCACCUCUUUCUCCCUGUUCCUGGGAAGAAUGUAACAAGUAUAGUUGAACAAAAACUAACUAUUCUCCCCCCUCAACAUUCCUCUCUAGUAAAAAAAAAAAAAAAAAAAAAAUCCUCUCUGGUCUUUUUGGUAGAGUCCCAAGGCUGGGGGGGGUAUGUUAGGUACAGGAAAGGUCCCUUAACAUUGUUCCAAGUAACUUGGGUAACUUAAGAACAAUUGUUUAUCUAUAUUGCUAUUGUAUUGGCUGUCUUAAAUCAUAGGGAAGGUGGGGUUUUUUGUUUGUUUUAAAAUUUCCUGUGUUACACUGACUUGGAUUUUGAAGUCAGUCAAAACCCCCAGGUUAUUUUUAUGUGAAUAGUGUAUCAUGAAAUUGGUUUAUAACUUUAUUUCCUUAAAAUUCAGCUCAUUAGAGAUCUUCCUAUAGGUUCUGGAGAACCCAUUGGUCACUAUUUUUACCAUUCAGUUGGUUCUGAAUAUCCAAUUAUAAUCAUUUGGGUAUUCCUGGAUGUUUAGAAUAUCAUGUUGGAAUAUAGGUGGGCUAAGAUAUUCCCAUAUCCAGUUGACUAGUGAGUAAGUCUGUUUAAAAGGAGGAUAUUAGUCUGGCUUGAUUUUAAAACAUUUUGGUUUAUUUUUGUAUUGGUCAUGUUCUUUCUGCCAAACCUUCAGAUUGAAAUCUUUUGGCAAUAACAGUUUGUAUACGAACCUACUCGAUGUUGUGGCUUGUUGUCAUAGGAGUUCCAUGACUGCUAUGAUGAAGUUAUUACAUAGGAUCUACGUUAGUUUUUCCAUUAAAAAUUAGUGUACUUAGGGAUCUUUUGAAUUUAGUGCUAAACAGUUUUUAUAUUCUAGGCUCUGCAUCAUUUCCAUAUGCAUUUUGUUAGGUUUUUUUGCAUUUGUCAUUAAUAUUUGAACACAUUCCCAUUUGAUGGGCACAUUUUGCUUCUGUUAACCGUUAUGAAGUUAAUGCAGUAAAUAUUGUAUAUGUUAAA